UCAGAUGAUGCAAAAUCCUCAGAUUCUUGCAGCCCUUCAAGAAAGACUUGAUGGUCUGGUAGAAACACCAACAGGAUACAUUGAAAGUUUGCCUAGGGUAUCUAAAAGACGAAUGAAAGCUCUCAAAAAUCUUCAAAUUAAAUGUGCACAGGUAGAAGCCAAAUUAUAUGAGGAAGUUCAUGAUCUUGAAAGAAAGUAUGCUGUUCUCUCUCAGCCUCUAUUUGAUAAGUGAUCUGAGAGAAUUAAUGCAAUUUUGGAACCUACGAAAGAAGAAUGUGAAUGGAAACCAGAUGAGGAGGAUGAAAUUUCGGAGGAGCUGAAAGAAAAAGCCAAGAUUGAAGAUGAGAAAAAGGAUGAAGAAAAAGAAGACCCCAAGGGAAUUUCUGGAUUCUGGUUAACUGUGUUUAAGAACAUUGACUUGCUCAGUGAUAUGGUUCAGGAACAUGAUGAACCUAUUUUGAAGCAGUUGAAAGAUAUUAAAGUGAAGUUCUCAGAUGCUGGCCAGCCCAUGAGUUUUGUCUUAGAAUUUCACUUUGAACCCAGUGAAUAUUUCACAAAUGCAGUGCUGACAAAGACAUAUAGGAUGGGGUCAGAACCAGAUGAUUCUGAUCCCUUUUCUUUUGAUGGACCAGAAAUUAAGGGCUGUACAGGGUGUCAGAUAGAUUGGAAAAAAGGAAUGAAUGUCACUGUGAAAACCAUGAAGGAGAAGCAGAAACACGAGGGAUUUGUGACGGUUCGUACUAUAUCCAAAACAGUUUCCAAUGACUUUUUCUUUAAUUUUUUUGCCCCUCCUGAAGUUCCUGAGAGCGGAGAUCUGGAUGAUAACGCUGAAGCUAUCCUUGCUGCAGACUUUGAAAUUGGUCACUUUUUACAUGAGCGUAUAAUCCCAAGAUUAGUGUUUUACUUUACCGGAGAAGCUACUGAAGAUGAUGAUUAUGAUGAAGAAGGUAAAGAAGCAGAUGAGGAAGGGGAAGAAGAAGGAGAUGAGGAAAACAAUCCAGACUAUGACUCAAAGAAGGACCAAAACCCAGCAGAGUGCAAGUAGCAGUGAAGCAGGAUGUAUGUGGCCUUGAGGAUAACCUGCACUGUAAGAGCCUAAACACAACUAUGAUUUACUUACAGCCUUAUGUUUUUGUAUUUUCUCGGUAGACUCAGUAAUUUUUUUUAAAGGAAAGGAACUGAUCAUUUUAAAGACCAAUUUGUUCUACUUAGCAUUUUAACUCUAGUUUUUC